GGGCCACCAAAGACAUGGGCAAGAUGCUUGGAGGAGAGGAGGAGAAGGACCCCGAUGCUGCUAAGAAGGAGGAGGAGAGACAAGAAGCCCUGAGGCAACAGGAGGAGGAGAGGAAGGCCAAGUACGCAAGAAUGGAGGCAGAGAGAGAAAACAUCCGACAGGGCAUCAGGGACAAGUACGGCAUCAAGAAGAAGGAGGAGAAGGAGGCCGAGGCAGCCGCCGCCAUGGAGCAGGCCUCGGAGGGCAGCCUCACKCGCCCCAAAAAGGCCGUCCCCACCGGCUGCGGUGARGAYGAGGAGGAGGAGAGCAUCGUGGACACGGUCAUGAAAUUCAUCCCGGCGCCUCUCAUGGAUAUGUUCAAUAAAAAGUAACAGAGAUUUGGAUGAAACACGUUUAACUUCUUACAACAUCCAUCAAAUUAAUGCUGUACCAGCCUGUCCUGCCCCACUCCAUCACACACCUGUCCAUCACACACCUGUCCAUCACACACCUGUCCAUCACCCACCUGACCCGUCCCAACCCUUCAGUCUGAAGUGUCCUGGAAUCACACAAGGUGCCAUGAUUUUCUCUUUGUGCUAAAUUAUCUGAUCUCGUACAGAGAGCCGUACUUUUUAAAAUCUCGAGCAGAGCGUCCGUCUCGAUGACACUUUCCUGUCCGAUUUUAAAAAGUGUGCGACCCCGACCCAGAUCCAACGUUUUCACCAUCGUUUCAAAAUGUCCGCCGCUCAGAAUGAGACCAGACAUCACCCGUUAUCCACCUUUUUUUGUUUGUAAAUAGCCUCAGAAGGAUUAAAAAGUACUAUAAAUGAGUAAAAUAAGAAGAGUAUAAGCCAUAUUUUUAACUUUUAUGAAAUUAUCCAAAUCAUAUAUCGAAAUUUUAGUGAUUUUUUUCCCUUUUAAGUUGUUAAUAUUUGAUACAUAUGGUGUAUAUAGAUAAUAUUUGCAUUUUUAUUGGUUCCCACUUGUGAGGAUUCACCCGUUCAUCACGUUCUCAUUGAUUCACAGUAAAUGUGUUAAAAAAAACAUCUGUAAACCAGAAAAGGAUGGAGUUUUGUUUGAGACUUUUUUUUGCUAAUUGUUUACUUUUUCGGCAUGCAGUUAAUGGUUGUGAAGUAACGUGACUCAAUGGAUCCCAUUUCAUGUGUUUUAAUGAAGCAGAAUACAUUGGUAUUUGAGGCAAUAAAUGGUUCUAUGUUUAUUUAUUUACGUCCAAUGAAUAAAUUAGGAAAAACACGAAUUGUCCAAAAARGUUCUUCCAUGGAGAAAAUUAAAAAA